AUGUCUACGCGCAUCCCCGAACCAUCCUCCGUCCCCCUGCGCUACCACAUCGAAAGCAGUUCCUCGCAUAGUGGAAACUAUGUCGCGCAGAACAUCCUCAUCGACAAUCCCGCCGACCAGAGCAGUCGCUGGAGCGGCGCGACGCGCUCAGGACCAUCCAAACAGUGGAUCAUACUGCAAUUGGAAUCACUCGCCGUACUGAAGAGCAUUACGUUUGGGAAGUUUCACAAAGCACACCAAUGCAACAUGAAGGAGUUCGCCGUCCUUGUCGGUACUUCUUUGGAUAACAUGUCCAGAGUUCUACACGCCAGCCUCAAAAACGACUCCAUGUCAGAGUCCUUCACGGUCAAACACACCAAUAAUGCCGGCCUCAGUUUCCCCACUCGUUAUGUGAAGAUCAUCCCUCUAUCCGGGCAUAAUCCCCACUUCAAUACGUCUAUAUGGCAUGUGUCCAUGACGGGGAUCUCGGACGAAGCGUAUGUGCAGCAAGUGCAGAGAGCUUAUGAAGAGUACCGUGAAACCAUGAUUCUCCGCCAUGUCCUGAAGCACCUACGCCAACGACGAUUCCUCACGCCCUACGAGUCCAUCUUGACGCAAACCGGCCUGCGGACAGAGCACCCUCUCAUCAGCCAACUCUACAAAAGCGUCGUCCUUGACGGCGACUGGGAAGCCUCCGAAGGCCUCCUCGAAAAGAUCGCCCAAGCUGGCCUCUUCAACUCCUACCUGUACUCCUGCCAGCCGCACGCCCUCUGGACCCGCCUCCGCGGCGCGGACCGCGACGGCGACGCACCCUUCCAGCGCGCCGGCCACGCCAUGUGCUUCGACCCCACACGGCGCGAGAUCUACAUCCACGGCGGCUGGGAUGGCUUGCGCAGCCUCUCUGACUUUUGGGUCUACAACAUCGUGGAGGAUACGUGGCGGAGGAUCAGCGAGGGCCAGCAAACGGGCGAUGGGAGCGAUCCCGGGCCAAGGUCAUGUCACAAGAUGGUAUUCGAUCCGAAUACGGGGGCGAUUUAUUUGUUGGGGAAGUUGACGGGGGCCGAUUCGAGGGCGGGUGCGGGCUCGGGUGGAAGGGCGGCAGCUGCUGCGUCGACAGGUGGGGCGGCGACUCCGACACCUGGUGGGACGAGCUCGAUGUUCCGAUCGGAGUUCCACCGUUUCGAUACCAGGUCAGAGGGCGCGGGAUGGCGAUGCUUGUAUGAUGAUACAGCGAGCGUCGGCGGACCUCCCCUGAUCUACGACCACCAGAUGGUCAUGGAUGCCGAGGCGCAGAUCAUCUACGUCUUCGGUGGUCGCGUCAUCAACGGCGACUGGAACAACUACACCUACUCCGGACUGUACAGCUACAACAUCCGGCAAGCGAAGUGGACUACAUUACAACCCACCGAUAGCUCGGGACCUACGGUUAUUCCCUCUCGCUUCGGUCACUCGAUGGUCCUCGAUCCGGACGCGAAGACGCUUUACAUAUUUGGCGGCCAGCGCGAUGGCAAAUACCUCGCCGACAUGUACGCGUACGAUAUCGAGACCAACUCUGCGCGGGAGCUGUAUACCAACUUCACGAAUUCGGGUGGUCCGGAUCCUUGCUUUACGCAGCGCGCUGCCAUCGACCCGGAGCUGAAGGAGAUCUAUGUCCUCUGCGGCCUGGUCCGGCCACAAAACACUCAAGGGGGACAGACCAUCCUGCAAAACACCUCUCCCUACUACGUCUAUCGCUACGGCUCGCGCGCCGGUAAAUGGACGCGCAUCCUGCCGCCCCUCCUGCCCGACUCCUCAUCCUCCUCUGACUCCACCUCCGAAUCCGAACCUCAAGAACCCAUCCCGCGCUACGCGCACCAGCUCGUGUACGACGCGAGCACGCGAACGCUGUACAUGCACGGCGGGAACGGGUCGACGGCGAAUGCCGCGCGGACGACGCUGGAGCAGCUGGAGGCGGAUUUGAGCAAGCAGGACUCGGAGGGCGGGGACGAGAAUGUUGCGCCUGGGCAGGGGAGGCCGGGGGAGGUGGAGAAGGAAAAGAGGCUGGAUGAUUUUUGGUCAAUGAGGUUGGAGAGGCCGGCGCCGGCGGAGGUGGUGCGUCGCAGUCGGUUUUUGAUUCGGAGGCAACAGUUCCGCGAGAUGUGCAGUACGAAGCCAGCGAUCGAGUCGCUGGCUUUCUUGCAGAGCAAGCUCGCGACGGUGGUCGACCAUUCAGAUCGUGAAGAGGCGGAGCAAUUUCGUUCACUGCUGACGUGCAUUCUCGCGCCUCCAUCGCCAGACGGAGAGCCGCCGCACAAACGCUUUAGAGCCAACGAGGAAGAUGAUGAUGGUGACUCGCCGGCCGCAGAAGAAGACAUGCCCACCGACGACGGUCCUUCGACAUCGACCGCCUCUUUUGCUGCUGCUGCGUCACCACCUCGAACAACAGUCAGCACAGAAUACAUGCUGGGCAUCCCAGAUCCUUCAGAGAAGGCUGGUUCGAGCGGGCUCCCUGGCCGUUCCUUCGAGCAGAGAACGGCCGUGUUCGAAAGCUUAUUGGAGUUUGUGGACCAGGAAGCGAAGCAGCCGACAGGUAAUCUGUUGGACUUGGUCGAUCUUCCGGGGCUAGGCGGUAGGAAUGGGGAGGAAUGGGAGUGA